AGUAAAAGACAAACGCUUAUAAAAACCCGCAUUCUGCUCCGAUUGCGCUGGUGAUCGUGGUAUUUCAGGUGCGACACUUCGGAAAAUGUAAAGUGUAAAGUUUCGCAUCAGGUAAGGAAGUGUCAUCGCGUUUACAUGGGAGGGGAACGCAAUUUGACUAAUUUUAGCUGCGAUAGCAAGUUUGCAGAUGUGACGAACUUGGUCGCGUCAAUGUGCUUUUAGCUUUCCGGUUGAAAAUUGUGGACAUAUUUGCCCCGGGAGGUGUGCUAGCCCUGGGUGCGGUCCCGUGUCUUACAAUACUGAAGACAAUCCCUGCAGACCCGAACGCCCCCGGGUUACGGGAGGGUGAUCUGCCGUUUGGUUUGCUGGAUUGGUCCUCUCGGAGGUUUUCGCCACCUAUCAGAGCUGCGCUCCCCUCCAUUCUGACUGAAUGCAGCUGAAUAUGCGGGGAAAUACGCCGUGAGAGAACUGGCCUGUGAGGUGAGGGAACCACAUCACUAUCAUCGCUAAACGGAAAGCCGAGAAACCUGAGAUUCUGAUGGAGGAGAGGUCUGGGGGCCUUCGGGACGGACGCCAUGUCGUCAUGUGUCUCCGCCCUGCCCUCUGCUAAGCCUCCGCCCGCCUGCGGCUAUGCCCUGUGCCCGCCCCCAGCCACGCAGCCACGCCCACCGCACCGUCAGCACCCGCCGCCGCUGCUGCCCUCCGUGCUGAACCUGCCCCCAGCGGUCAUGGAGUCCCUCAUCGUGGUCACGGAGUACGAGCCCAGUGGGCCCGGCGAGGAGGUGGAGGACAUGGACAGCUCCGACACCCCCGAGCCGGCCACGUCCCCCAUGCACGAACGCCUGUCCCACGCAGGGAGCCCCGAGGCCCUCUUCCCCGAGUCCCGAGAGAGCCGGGCCCGGCUCAACCUGUCGGACCGCAAGCUGUCCCUCCAGGAGCGGACCCACACCGCCUCCUCGCCCUGCGGCUCCCCCGGCCUCAACGGGCGCUACAUCUACCCCUCCCUGCCCUACUCCCCCAUCACCUCCCCCCACGCCUCCCCCCGCCUCCCACGCCGGCCCACCGUGGAGUCGCACAGGGUCUCCAUCACCGACCUGCAGGACUGUGUGCAGCUCAACCAGUACAAGCUGAAAGAUGAGAUUGGAAAGGGCUCCUAUGGAGUCGUCAAGCUGGCGUACAACGAGGACGACAACACGUAUUAUGCAAUGAAAGUGCUGUCGAAGAAGAAGCUGAUGAGGCAGGCUGGCUUCCCGCGGCGACCCCCGCCUCGAGGUGCCAAGGUGGACUCCGAGGGCCCCCCCCAGCCCAAGGGACCCUUGGAGCGAGUGUACCAGGAGAUCGCCAUCCUGAAGAAGCUGGACCACCCCAACGUGGUGAAGCUAGUGGAGGUGCUGGACGAUCCCAGCGAGGACCAUCUGUACAUGGUUUUCGAGCUGGUCAAACAAGGGGCGGUGAUGGAGGUCCCGACAGAUAAACCGCUGACCGAAGACCAGGCCCGAUUCUACUUCCAGGACCUUCUGAGAGGAAUCGAGUUCUUGCAUUAUCAGAAGAUAAUUCAUCGAGACAUUAAGCCUUCCAACCUCUUGGUGGGGGAAGACGGUCACAUUAAAAUUGCUGACUUUGGGGUCAGUAACCAGUUCGAGGGCACGGACGCGCUACUGACGAGUACUGUGGGGACCCCGGCCUUCCUCGCACCCGAGACCCUUUCGGAGACCAGGAAAAACUUCUCUGGCAAGGCUCUGGAUGUGUGGGCAAUGGGAGUGACUCUGUAUUGUUUUGUAUUUGGAGUGUGUCCCUUCAUGGACGAACGUAUCCUCAGUCUCCACCAGAAGAUCAAGACCCAGCCAGUGGAGCUGCCAGAGCACGUCGAUGUGUCUGAGGACCUAAAGGACCUGCUCUUAAAGAUGCUGGACAAGAAUCCGGAAACCAGAAUCACAGUGCCACAAAUCAAGGUGCACCCGUGGGUGACGAGGCACGGCGCGGAGCCCCUCCCCUCGGAGGAUGAGAACUGCACCCUGAUCGAGGUGACGGAGGAGGAGGUGGAGAAUUCGGUCAAGCACAUCCCCAGCCUGGCCACGGUGAUCCUGGUGAAGACCAUGCUGCGCAAACGUUCUUUUGGGAACCCCUUUGACUGGGGCAGGAGGGAGAUGGAGAGGUGCCCCUCUGCUCCAGGAACCAUUCUGACCAAAGGCAGGGCAGGGAUUGGAAAAUACUGCUUCAUUCAUAGUAAUCAAAGGAAACAGGAGAGCGGGGACAACAUGAGGAACAUGGACUUGCCUUUCGUAGGGGAGGACGAGGUGCUGUCCUGAUCUGCUGCCGGAAGAAGGGGGAGGGAGCGGUCAGCAAGCCGUCCCCCCUUUUUUUUUUCCCCCCCAGAUUUAUCGUGGAGGGGGAAAGGCCCUCCGACAUUUUGGAGGGAAGGGGUGUCCCCCGCACCUCUGUGAUGCAUGGCGCUGUGGUGUGAGAGGGGCGUCCGCCCCCCCCCGCCCGGGGAUCACCUGUCUGCACCCCUGUCAUGCAUGCCUGUCUGCUGUGAAGCAUGCGCCGACCGCAAACCCGCCACCACCCUCAUCAUCUGUGCCAACUCCACCAGAUAUUAUACAUUUUUUUUCUACUCUCCUGUAACCCAGAGGCUCCCCCCUGCUUGUUUUGACCAAAAGACACCCCCCCCCCCAUCCCCCCACCCCCUCCGCGGUUGGGUGCAGGGAAGGAACGUCGUUAACGGUGAUGGGAGGCCAUGUUGGCCACACCUCCGAACAGCUGGUUUCACGACGGCUUUACCGCAACGCCUUCAGUGGAGCCAAUUUUUGUAACAUAUUCAACAUUUGAAAAAAAAGGGACUAUUAUUGAUUGCACAGUGUACAGCGGCAUAUCAUAGGGGUUGGGGGGGGAGGGUUACUUAUGCAUUUUACAUGUAAUAUUAAUGAGAUAGUAAUUUAAUGGAAAUUGUUGUCCAUAUUCAAAUAUCACGUAGUGUAGUAUUGAAAAAUGAGUUGUUGAAAUAUUUUUUUUUCUAUAUCCAUGAAGCACACCAAUUUCUUGUAACAGUAAGGAAUCCCUGUAGGGGUGUGUCUAUACAAUGGUUUAAAUAUCACUGGUUAGUACGCCGUAAGAUUGUUUUCAAACAGCGUUUCGCAAAAAUAGUUUGUUUUGCUUAUUGACAUGCAAUGGAGUGUUGUGCUGACCUCUUGACCUCAAAAAGCCUGUUUAUAUAUAAGAGACAAAGCAUGCGGUGUGGUCUCAGGGCUUUUAUUUUUCGAUGGGCGAUGCACUGCAGGUGAGAUGGAUAUCGUGGAAGUGUCCGGUGUCGUAAAACGAAACAGUGGUGCCCAGUCAGGAAGAGCACACCCUUGGUUGAACCGAACCCUUUCUGUAAGGCAUUAUAUAAUUAUGAAUGAUAAAUUACGGGAAAGUCCAAGUUUCAGUACGCCGUAAUAGAGGAUAAUAGAGAACGGUUUGAUCUAGUGUCCAGCAUAGCAUGUCUUAGUCUGGAGGGACCACGCUUCCAUUUAGGGCAACUCAGUACAUGGGUAUACAGAGCUGAUACACACACUAUGCAGACAAUGGAAAAAUGUUGCAUCUGGGCAGACGUGAGAAAAAAAAAUUUUGGUUCAUAACACAGUUCAUUUAGUGAUGAGUUAAUGCUGGCAGGACUGGGUACCCUCGGACUGACGCUAUGAUUCUCACUCCCUUGCUUUGUGCACUCUAGAUCCAGUCAGUGCUAGGUAGUCACAGUUAUAGGACAAUUCAGCAGUAUAUAAAUCAGUAUGUCAUAAAAUAAAUGCUUCCACAUAUUUGUCAUUUCAAGUAUGUGUAAAAUCUCGUAGAGAAAGGAAAGGGUUUGAGAGAAGUAACUAAUUUCACCUUUUUCAAGCUAGUUCAAGUUACUCUGAGCACAUAUCAAGUAGCUCUCUAAAUUAUAAACAGUCUUUCAAACGUAUUACUAUGCAUAAGGAAAUGUACUCUUUGGUGCAAUGCUCCUUCCUCCCCCUUUUGUUUUAUUUUUUCUUAUUGACCCUGGAAAAAGCCUGGUAAGUUCCCACGUGUGAAAACUCAUCAGCAGAAUUCACAAAUUUUGUGAACAUCUUCAAUCAGGUGUGUAUUGUGUAGUGAAAUACCUACCGAUGAAAAUGAAUGAACGAACCAUAUAAGACCAUGUACAAAAGUGAAACUAAUGGGGGAAAAAAAAACACAACAUGAAUGGGUGUAUUAAUUUGUAACAGUAUUUGUAAUGACAACAUCUUGCAAAUACCUGGAAGUGUAUUUGCCAAUUCACAUGGAGACAAAAAAACACUUAAAAUUUCAUGUGUUAACAAAGGAUGUUCUUUCUUUCAAGUCACACAAUUUUCAGAAAUUACCUUUAAAUUCAAAUCAUUAAAGACAGGAGAACAACAUCACACACGAGACAAAACAAUGCCUUUGCAAUGCCAAUGCACCUCGGUCUCAGGCUACAACCUUGUCACUUAUCGAACCGAAGCGGCAAAUGUAAUGUCAAAUUUAAAUAUCGUCCAAAGGAAUUAUGGGAAGGGUUAUGAGCAUGUGCAGGGACUCUUUAGUGACCAGCAUCCAGAGCAACACUUCAACAGGAGGGCUUGACUGCAGGGUGCCCGUGUGAGCACCCAACCCACGUGACUGUAAAAUACCUGUAUUUCUACCUGUGUACUUACUCUUAUAUCUCUUUUUGUAACGCCCUUAAACCCAUUCUUAACAGGAGAGCUAUGACUACAUUUGCCAACCCUCAUAUCUCAUAGCUUACUCCUUUUCAGCGUAGUAAUAAACUUUAGAGUAACUGGGUAUAUGAAUACACUACCCGACUGCAUGCUGACAUAUAUAAGCACUAAAUACACUAAGUUUUGGUGUAGUUCUGUGGAAGCCAAUGGGUGAGUGAGCUUGUGGUUUAUUACCCUCUGCAUAUUGUAUCCAGUUGAUUGUUUCAAUAAACAUUACAGUUGCCUUUAA